AUGUCUUCGUCCGUCUCAUUCUCUUCGUCCCUGCCGUCCAUCGGCCGCCCGGCCUUCGCUGCGCUCGGGCACAAGUCCGAUUCCCGUUCUCCGUUCUCUGAGAAGAAGAAGCUGUCCCUGCGGAAUAUCCCGGGGGACGACGGGCAUCCCCUCGUCGGCCCACUGCGCGAUAGGUUCGAUUACUUCUACUACCAGGGCCGGGAAGAGUUCCUCCGCAGCCGCGUCCGCCGCCACGGCUCCACCGUCCUACGCCUCAACGUGCCUCCCGGCCCGCCUAUCUCCGGCGAACCCCGCGUCGUCGCCCUCCUCGACGGCGAAUCCUUCUCGAUCCUCUUCGACUCCUCCAAGGUCGAGAAGAGGGACCUCUUCACCGGCACCUACACACCCUCCCUCGAGCUCACCGGCGGCUACCGAGUCCUCUCCUACCUAGAUCCCUCCGAGCCCAGCCAUGCCCUCCUUAAGCGCUUCCUCUCCCACUUCCUGGGCUCCUGCCGGCGGUCCCUCGUCCCGGAAUUCCGCCGCUCGUAUGGAUCGCUCUUCGACGUGCUGGAGACGGACCUGGCGAGGAAAGGGAGGGCCGAGUUUGGCCCCCACAACGAGCAGGCCCUCUUCGGAUUCCUCUCCAGGGGGCUCCUGGGGAAGGACCCGGUAGAUUCCGGCAUGGGCUCCGACGGCCCCAAGUUGAUAAACAAGUGGGUCUUCUUCCAGCUCGCUCCUCUGCUAUCCCUAGGGAUCCCGCCCUUCCUGGAAGACCCUCUCCUCCACUGGUUCCGCCUCCCGCCCUCUCUACUCCAACGCGACUACCAGCGCCUCUACGAUUUCUUCCACCGGGCCGCCGCCCCAGCGCUGAAUGAAGCGGAGAGGAUGGGGAUCUCCAGAGCGGAGGCCUGCCACAACCUCCUCUUCGCCGUCUGCUUCAACGCCUUCGGCGGUCUGAAGAUCUUUUUCCCCAUCCUGUUGAAAUGGGUCUCCCGAGCGGGGACGGGGAUACACACCCGGCUGGCGAUGGAGAUCCGCAUGGCUGUGCGCUCCCACGGCGGCGAGGUGAGCUUCCGGGUCAUGGAGGAGAUGCCGCUGAUGAGAUCGGUGGUGUACGAGGCCUUCCGAAUCGAGCCGCCGGUGCCGCUCCAGUUCGGGAGGGCGAAGCGGGACCUGCUCGUGCAGAGCCACCACGCCGCCUAUGACGUGCGGCGCGGGGAGAUCCUCUUCGGGUACCAGCCGAUGGCCACCAAGGACCCGAUGAUCUUCGACAGGGCGGAGGAGUUCAUCGGCGAGAGGUUCCUCGGAGAGGGCGGCCCCGCGCUGCUCCGACGGGUUCUGUGGUCGAACGGGCCGGAGACGGAGGUGCCCACCCCGGACAACAAGCAGUGCCCCGGCAAGGACUUGGUCAUGAUCGCGUCUCGGCUGCUGCUCGUCGUGCUGUUCCUUCGCUAUGAUUCGUUCGACAUCGAGACGAAGGCGGCGCCACUGGGCACCGCCGUCACGUUGACUUCCCUGAAGAAGGCCACUUUCUGA